UUGUGUUGUCUUUGAAAUUAACAUAAACAUAAUUCAUAGAAAAAGCAAAAAAAAAAAAAAAUCUACAAAUUUGUUCCAGACACACAUGCCGGUAAAUAAGUGUAUCAAUAGUACAGUUGAAUAAACGAUACCUGGGCGAGCUACACCAACAGCAGCAGUUGCGAUGCUCAGGCUGUUGCUACGGCGACGGCAUAAAAAAAGAAUUGUAGCAGUGCGGCUUGCUGGUGCGCUGGCUCUUUAGUAAGUAUUAUUGGAAGGCUUUUGAGUGACGCAGGCUUGCACAGACGCUACAUGCUGGAAGCACAGUGACAGCGGAGGGCUUGAACAAGUAGGGUUGUGUCGGAUCGCAUGCCCGAUGUUACACAAUCAAAUCAAACAAGGUGAGGAAGAUUCUCCUGUCUGCUGGGCAGUGAGCAAGAAAUACAGCUGGAGCCGUAGGAUCUGAAAAAGGCAUUGAUUUUAUCUGGAGACAAACGCCAUGGGCUUUGGUGGAAUGUGAUGUGGUUAUUGUGUCCCCUCUACUCUUGGCUCAUCUCCGAUUUUCAUGAAUAUUGUAAUAGAGCAAUUUAAUUUACAUGUGAGCGGAAUCAUCCAUUGCUGUCACUCGUUCUGACAGCUUUCUCAAUCUGAUUUAAAAUGCACGGAGGAAAUUCAUUUUAUUCUGGAUCAUUAUUAGACUGUGUUAUUUGGAAUUGCGUGCAAACUUUUUUUUCUUUUCUUCCUACAAGCAAAACGACGUGGUCACUUGAUUUUAAAGACGUGGUCACUUGAUUUUAAAGACAUGGUCAUCACGAGCUUUUGCAGGCAGAUUGACACCCAAGCACAGUGAAGACUAAACACGUUAGUUUUAUAUCAGUGACGCUUUGACUUUGAGAUUCCUUUUGGGAUAUUUCAGUGUCGUAUUUAAUGCUCUGUGCUCAACAGGGCACAGUAUAAUGCACACCCUUGACUGGAUUUUGUUGUUGAAACAAUUUUGGUGAGAAAACGAAUUCUAUGUGGCAGCCCACCCUUGACUUUCUUCAAACUUACUUUGAAAUAUUGGAAGCUUUCCCCUUCAGGAAGAUGCGUUCGGGCUGGCAGUGCCCUCAUAAGAGAAGUGCCUGGAACCCUUCAUCUGCAGCAGCGCGCUGUGGAGCUUUCCCACGGUCUGGGAGAAUGAAGAGGAUCUGCUCAGCUGUGCCCCUGCUCCUCUGCGCCUUUCUCCUGGGAUCCACGGGUUACCCUUUCAAGCCAGCAGUGGAUGUGGAUGUUACUCCCAGGACCACGAUACUCUGCAGUGGGUUGCUGGGGGCCCAGUGGUUCAGCAGCUCUGCCCUGAACUACAGCACACUGUUACUGGAAGACGAGACUGGGAUCCUGUAUGUUGGAGCGAGGGGGGCUUUGUUUGCUCUCAAUACCAGCAACAUUGCAGAUGGCUCCAGCAGAACUAUUCAUUGGGAAGCACCAGCUGAUAAAAAGAAAGACUGUCACGCCAAAGGCAGGAAUAAUAAGACAGAGUGCUUUAACCACAUCAGGUUCCUGCAGAGGUUCAACGAGACCCAUCUCUACACCUGUGGAACCCACGCCUUCCACCCGCUCUGUGCUUAUAUUGACACAGAGCAGUUCCGUCUGUCCUCUGGCUUCGAGGAGGGGUCGGAGAAGUGCCCCUACGACCCGGCUAAAGGGUACACCGGACUCCUAGUAGACGGUGAGAUGUACACGGCAACACAGUACGAGUUCCGCAGCGUGCCGGACAUCCGCCGCAACGUCCCGCAGCCAAUGCUGAAGACCGAGGAAACCUCCACUCGCUGGCUCAACGAGGCGAACUUCGUGGGCUCUGCGGUGUUGAGAGAGAGUGUUGACAGCUCCAUUGGAGAUGAUGAUAAGAUCUACUUCUUCUUCACUGAGAAGAGCUAUGAGGAAAGCUCCUCCUUCAGCCAGUCCAGAGUGGCCAGGGUGGCUCGUGUGUGCAGAGGGGACUGGGGCGGGAAGUGGACCCUGCAGAAGAAGUGGACGUCCUUCCUGAAAGCGCGCCUGGUCUGCUCCAUCCCUGACUAUGACUUCCACUUCAACAUCCUGCGCAGCGUCUUCGUGCGAGAGGCCGGCGCCGGGGGCUGGCAGGACAGCCUCUUCUACGGGGUCUUCGGCUCGCAGUGGAAGAAUGUGAAAGCCUCUGCUGUCUGCAAGUUCUCUAUUAAAGACAUCCAGGAGGCGUUUAGCGGUGCUUACAUGGAGAAGCAGGAGUCCUCUCCCGAGUGGAGCCGAUACAGCGGAGUGGUACCGGAGCCCCGGCCUGGCUCGUGCAUCACGGACGCAUUCAGAGCAAAGAGCUUCAACAUGUCCCGGGACCUCCCCGACAACGUGCUCGAGUUCGUCAGGAGGCACCCCCUCAUGUUCCAGCAAGUCAGGCCCCAGGAGGAGCGACCGCUGCUGUUCAAGAGGGGCGUGGACUACACCAGGAUAGCAGUGGACAGAGUCACAGCCUUGGACGGCCGGACGUACAAUGUGCUGUUUAUAGGAACUGAUGACGGCUGGCUACACAAAGCACUUGAAAUCGGUUCCAAGAUCCACAUCAUUGAGGAGAUGCAGCUGUUUGAGGAACCACAGCCCAUAGAAAACCUGGUCAUCUCCCAACAGCAGAGGAGUGUGUUCGUGGGCUCGCAGAGUGGGGUGCUCCAGCUCCCCUUGUCUGCCUGUCACAGGUACACCUCCUGCUUCGACUGCAUCUUCACCAGGGACCCCUACUGCAGCUGGAACGGGACAGGCUGCUGUGAGACCACACUGCAUACAGACCGCUCCACUCUGACGCAGGACAUCCACAAUGGAAACUCCGGAUGUCUGAACGCCUCUGGUGAAGCCCCCCUGCUCCCCCGGAAGAGGACGGUCCUGAGGGGGGGGGACGUGCUGCUCCAGUGUGAGCUCAGCUCCAACCUGGCUGUCCCGGCAUGGACGCUGAACGGCAGCGAGCUGGCAAGCUAUGCGCAGGGCGGCUACCGUAUCGGCACAGAUGGCCUGCUCAUCGUGGAGUCGCGGCCGGAGCAGAGCGGCAACUACAGCUGCUACUCCGUGGAGAAUGGGGUCCGGGUCUUGGUAGGGACCUACGCUGUGAGCGUGCGUGCUGAGCUCCCCCCCCAGCCCUGGAAACCAUCAACCCCAGCCACCCCACCUGCUCCCACCAGCCAGCCCUCUGAGCUGCCCCCCGCCCUAGCCCCGGCGCCCCCCAGGUCUGAGUACCAGACCUUCAGGAGCAUGGAGGGCCUGUACAUCACCCUGAUCACGGUGCUGGCCGGGGUGUGCUUUGUGCUGACGGUGGUCUUGCUCUACCUGGCUUUCUGUGUGCAGAAUCGUCAGGGCAGGUACUCCCUUCAGGGGUCAGGGAGGAUCAAGAGAGGGGACGGCUCCCUCCUGGAGCUGCAGACCAUCUCCAGCAACUGCACAGGCAAGCCGGAAGGGGAGCUGCCCGACGGGCUCCUCCAGAUCGUACCAGGAGAGGCCCAGGUAUCUCCCAACAAGGACCCCCCACCCCCUCCGCCACCCCCUCCUCCUCUGCCUUCCUCCGAGUUCACCAACGGGAUCUCAGCCACUCUCCCCAGCGUGCUGCGCAAGAUGAACGGGAACAGCUACGUGCUGCUGCGGCAGAGCGAGUCCGAGAGCACCUCCCCUCUCUACCACUCCUUCACUGAGGAGCUCAACAAGAUUCUGGAGAAGAGGAAGCAGACGCCACUGGGGGAGAAGCCGGAUGAGAGCUCGGUGUAACCCCCCCCCCCCCCCUCCAAUCGCCCCCUGUGGUGAGCCGAAUGUAUUGCAAUUAAAUCAGCUCCCGCUUCCUGCCUUUGAAGUGCCUGAGCCAUUUUUUUGUUUGUUUUCCUCAUCUUUCCAGACAUUCAAAUUGAAUACAAUUGCAGCACACCUUCAGGUUACAGGAGGACCUUAACAUUGAGGCAUGAAGUAUUAUUGAGGCACAAAAAAACUAACGCCACCCUAUUUAUAGAGACCCAAUGAAAUCUACCUCUGACCAAUUCACCAGAUUGUCCUCAGCCCUCAAUCCACUGGUUUACUGAGGGUCAUGGUGAAGUGGUUAUAUAACAAGUACUCAGCAAAGCUGCACACUGGAUAAGCACUGAGCUCUAUUGAAUUGAGAGGCUGUGUUUUUGUCUCAUGUCUUGUGGAGCAGGGUCUGCUUACCCUUCAGGAAGCUGGGAGGAAUGUUGUCUAUGCUAUAAAACAAAUUGUCCACUUGUUUCCGGAGGCCAGGUCGUCCUGAAGAGUUCUAAACUAACUGUGACAGCACUCUAUUGGAGCCAACACACCACAUGUGGAAAUACAUACAGUCACUUAGUUUGCAUAGGAAUAGUUCUACUCUUUUUUUGGGGGCGGGCUGUUUGAACAGUAUUUGGGAAACACUGAGCUGCUGUCUUGACAUGUAAAUAUUUUCCUACCUAGUGCAGAGUUUGUGUAAAUGACUGUUGCCAGUAAUGAUCAUAUUAGUAAUACAACUGAUAAAAAACAACAGGAAAAUGAACGGUAACAUCAGGAAUGCACAGUAUAUAAUCCUGUGCCUUGAUUUAACCAUCCCAAGCUUUUCACAUCCUGUGCACAGGAUUGAAAGGAGCUGGUUGUGAAAGACCAUGUUGAAAUCAUGAGCCCGCUGUGUGCCACCUGACUGCAGCCACAAGGAAUUCCUGUAUUGCAAAACAAAUGGGGAUGGGAACCAUGGAAGGAAUUGCUACAUCUAUGUGUGUCUUCAACAUGAGGGGUCCAGUGCUAAACGUGUGGGAUGUGCUUGCUGUGUUUUGGCCAGAGGAUGUAGGAAUGCCCAUCUCGUUUCCAGUGGGAGUCCUAUUGUUUCCCACAUCAGCUGAGAUACAACCCUUGCUGUAAAUCAAACCCUAGCAAUGUCUGCACAAAAGUGUGGUGAAUUAUUUGACAAUCUAGCAAAGUAUGUCCGUGUCUGAACUGGGAAACAAAUAAAAAAAAACCUGCUUCCUAAUUCACCAGAACAAAUAAUCUGGGACAGUCUCACUGGUGUGUUACCCCUUUCAGUAUUACUACCCCCAGUGCAUCCAUAUCUACAGAACCGUCUUACAAAGAGCAGCCCCCCUGCACCACUGAGCCCUGCUUACAAAGAGCAGCCCCCCCUGCACCACUGAGCCCUGUUUACAAAGAGCAGCCCCCCCUGCACCACUGAGCCCUGCUUACAAAGAGCAGCCCCCCCUGCACCACUGAGCCCUGCUUACAAAGAGCAGCCCCCCCUGCACCACUGAGCCCUGCUUACAAAGAGCAGCCCCCCCCUGCACCACUGAGCCCUGCUUACAAAGAGCAGCCCCCCCUGCACCACUGAACCCUGCUUACAAAGAGCAGCCCCCCCUGCACCACUGAACCCUGCUUACAAAGAGCAGCCCCCCCUGCACCACUGAACCCUGCUUACAAAGAGCAGUGUCUGAAGACUUAAGACAGCAGCUGAUCCUGGUGUUGAGGGACAAAUCCGUAAGGGUCCUGAAGACAAGUCCCGGAAUGGACUUGCACCAUGAACACCAAAGCUUGUGGGGCUUCCUAUCAAUCUCAACAGUGCACACACCGGCAUGGCUGGACAUCUCAACAGUGCACACACCGGCAUGGCUGGACAUCUCAACAGUGCACACACCGGCAUGGCUGGACAUCUCAACAGUGCACACACCGGCAUGGCUGGACAUCUCAACAGUGCACACACCGGCAUGGCUGGACAUCUCGACAGUGCACACACCGGCAUGGCUGGACAUCUCGACAGUGCACACACCGGCAUGGCUGGACAUCUCAACAGUGCACACACCGGCAUGGCUGGACAUCUCAACAGUGCACACACCGGCAUGGCUGGACAUCUCAACAGUGCACACACCGGCAUGGCUGGACAUCUCAACAGUGCACACACCGGCAUGGCUGGACAUCUCAACAGUGCACACACCGGCAUGGCUGGACAUCUCAACAUCUCUGGAGCACGCUCACGUUGGGGUAGAGCAGUAUCAGGAUCCGCGCUGUUUGCAUCAAUAAAACGUAUGAUGUUUGCUAACGUAUGGGGAUCCACGUGAACAGAGCACGACAGCAAAUGCAUGAAUUCGGGUGACAACAUGAAAAGCCUGUUCUAAGCUAAAAUGAUUGGCAUAGGUUUCUAAACUGUUGAUUUGAAGAUCAAUUUGUGGAUGUACUGAAGUGACAGCCUGACCAAUGCAUUGAGUGACGCCUGACCAAUGCAUUCAGAGUGAAGCCUGACCAGUGCAUUCUGAGUGAGUCUUACCAGUGCAUUCACACUUACAGGCUUUUAAAAGGAGAAAGGGUUUUUGAAUUCUUCAUAUAGAUGUUUUUUAUUUCCUUACAAUCUGCACAAAUUAAAUUGUACAAUAAUCUUGGUAAGCUGUUUCUUUUCAGUGCAUGAUCCGUCCACUUUUAGCAUUUUGCUGUUUCAAAAUUCUGCAUUAUACAUAUACUGUAAAAUUCUGUAUAGCUGUGUUUUAAGAUAUCCUGCACCCUGUUUGUGUUGCAGCGGUUUCAUGAAGGCUGGUCCAGACCUUGGUGUUAAUAGCCUAGUCUGGUGUGAGAUAUGCUCUUGUGUGAGGACAUGCAUUCUUUUGCUCAGUAAUGCAGUGCACUGUGGAACAGUGGCAGGUGUGGACGUGCACGGUACUGGCCCUGAUCUGGUCCAGUCUUGGGGGUGGGAUUGGAUCCAUGUCUCUGCAGGCUAGGAUAAUUGAAUAUGCUGAAAAGACAGGAAUGUUACAACUGUUUUGAUACUAGCCAUGAGAAAGGGUGAAUUGUGUGGUACUUUAUCCAUGAUGGUGCCGGACACUGCUCUCUGUAGCUGUGCUCAGCAGACUUCGUGCUGUUCUGAGACUGGGCUAAGUGCUUUCAAAAUGAACAAAAGAAGAGAACAUAAAAAAAAAGAAGACAGCCACGUAUCCCUUGAAUUAAUCAGUGGAUGUCUUAAAUGUCCCAUCUACAAAAAGAGGCAGAGACACUAUUCUGGAAGUGGAAAAAAAUAGAAUAAAUAUUAUAUUUAUAAUAACAACGUAGAACAUGACUAAUUGCAGACUGUUCCUACUGCAGCAGGCCUUAUUUGUCUGAGUUCUACAGGAAUGGCAGCCAUGUUUGUCCUUGUUUCCUUGGCAACAACUGGGUAUUGGCAGAAUGUUUCUCCUGCCACAAAGUGAUCUCUCAUCUCCCUUCAGUGGAAGCCAGUCUGUCCACGUGUCCCCAAUCCUUGUGAAGCAUGCCCAGGCUGUCCUGUGUCUCUGUGGUGAGGAAUGGGAGAGAAUAGCCUUGUAAUCCAGAACCAGAUUCAUUUCUGCGAUUCCUCUUAAUCAGGGCUGUCCUUUGUUGUGUGCCAGGAGUACAAAGGGAUGGAUGUUGUAACCCUGAGAAACAGGCUGCUGUUCUGCAUCCCUGUAGGUUCCUGUAGCACAUCUAUCAGAGUGUCAGCUGUCAGUCAAUAUUUAUAUACAGGGGCGAUUUCUGCUGAUAUUUUAUAAAGCACAUUUGUAAACAAGGUACAUGUUUCUAUGUGGAAGAAAAGACUGCCAAACUUUUUAAAUGUAAGGGAGUUGCUGUGAAAAAGAACAUGUGUAACGUUUCUGAGAGCUGCAUUAUUUUGUAAGAUAAACUUUAAAAAUACA